GGAAUACGCUUUUUUAUUAUAAUAGAUUUUGAAGUCGCGAGGGGGAAGGAUGCUGAGCUUGUGGUCCUUAACCCUGGGUGGGCUGGUCAUCCUCCUCUUCAAGUUCUUGCAGUCGCUCCUUUUCAAUAAGAAGAGGUCCGACCGGCCGAUAUUCUCGUUGGCCGACGUCCGACCCCUGGCCCCUCACGUGGCCAACCAGAAACUCAGGGACAAGGUCCUCAAGCAAGGUUUCUCCUCCGAUGAAGUACCCCAUGACCUCGAUGCGAUCGUGAUCGGGAGUGGGAUCGGGGGAUUAUCCGCAGCCGCUCUCCUCGCCAAGGCCGGGAAGAAAGUUCUCGUUCUCGAACAGCACGACCAGUCAGCUAAUGUUGGAUUUGAUUAUUUCCUUCUCCAGGCUGGGGGAUCCUGCCAUACUUUCAUCGAAAAGGGCUACGAGUUUGAUGUCGGAAUCCACUAUGUCGGGGGUUUUGAGAAAGCAGAGCACAAUCGGGUUCUGUUUGACCAGCUCACCGAUGGUCAACUGGAAUUUGCCCGCACAGACCCAGUUAACGACGUGGUGAAGCUGCGGUACCUGUCUGAUAAGAAAGCUACCUAUGAAUUCUGCUGCCCUAAGGACAGGUGGAUUAGCACCCUGAAGAAGGAAUUUCCAGGGGAAGAGGAAGCCAUUGACAAUUUCGUCGGAUACAUAUCUGAGGCCAAAAGAGGGACGAUAGCAAUGGGAGUGGUGAAGUUCCUUCCUCUCUGGUUGGCCAAGAUUGUCAUCAAGCUAGGAGUCAUCGACUGGUUCAUCCCUUACACUAAAUGGGCAUCAAGAUCCAUUCAGAGCGUCCUUGAGGAACUCACAGACAACAAGGACCUAAGGGCUGCCUUUACCUACAUAUUUGGCGACUUUGGAGUUCUACCCAGUGAAGCUGGCUUCAACCUCCUGGCCCUCCUUCAUGACCACUUUUAUGAAGGGGCCUACUACCCGCGAGGAGGAGCAUCGGAGAUAGCGUUCCACAUCAUCCCCGUGAUAGAGAAAUCAGGCGGGAAGGUCCUCGUGCGUGCCAAUGUGAAAGAGAUCCUCCUGGACGAAUCAGGUACCAGGGCCAUGGGUGUGGUCGUCCAGAAGGGCUCUGGUUCCGUCAACGUCACUGCCCCGAUUGUCAUCUCCAGCACAAGUAGGUUCACGUGCAUUAACUCCUUUUUUGUGUUUAGUGCUGAUAACAUUAGCUUUGUACAAUAUCGCCAGCUGUUAGGUGUCAAGGUGACGCUGACAAAGCUUCUGCCUGAAGAAGUUGGAAAGCGAGCUAUCCAGUACCCAGUCCUGUCUCGAGUGAGGCAGAGCUUUGCCUGCUUCCAAGUCUUCCUUGGCCUCAAUGCAUCCAAUGAGGAGCUCAAACUGACUGCACAGAACUAUUGGUGCUUCAUCGACAACAACCUCGAGGAGGCAAGUGUACACGUCUUGCUUUGCCUGGCGUACAAUCGGAAGACCGCCGAGGAGGCCCUGGACGCUGAUAUCCCUCUCAUGUUCGUCUCCUUCCCCUCCGCCAAGGACCCGACCCACGACCAGAGAUAUCCAGGGAAGGCAACAUGCGCCCUCAUCACGUUCUUCGAAUACGAAUGGUUUCGCUCAUGGGAAAAAGAGAACUUGAAUCAUCGGGGUGACCGUUACGAGGAGAUCAAGAAGACCAUCGGCCAGAGGCUCAUCGACCAAGCAUGCAAGCUCUUCCCACAGAUUCAGGACAAGAUCGACCUCGUCGUGAUUGGCUCUCCAUUGAGUCACAAUUAUUACCUUGGAAACACCGUGGGAGACAUUUACGGCCUCCAUCACGACAUGGAACGAUUCAAACUCGAGACUCAAGCCAUUCUCCGCCCCGAGACCGGCAUCCCAGGCCUUUACCUGUCCGGGCAAGACGUGAUGAGCUGCGGCCUGACGGGAGCGGUGUUCGGGGGAGUCUUCUGCGCGUCCAAGAUCCUCGAGCGCAACCUCAUGAACGAGCUCGACAAGCUCGCGAAGGAGGCGAAGAGGCGAGAGGGGAAAUCCCAGGAGGCCAAGGCCUCCAAAGGGGAAAGGAACGGAGCGGUCAUGAACGGAUUGCACGGGUGA